GGCUUUUAUUCCCAGAGGUAAGAUUUGUGGAGUUGUGAAGUAAAUGUGGGCUUCAGACUAAGCAUGGCUUGCUUUGUCAUGUUCCUGUUUCUGCAAUAUGUUUUACUUAUGUUAGCACCGCAAGAUGUCUCAGCAGGACAAGCUGAUGAUAAUACAGUGGCUUCUCUCAUGGCACUCAGACUUGCAGUAACACACGAUCCUUCUUCGGUUUUACAGAGCUGGAACGGGACCUCCCGUCAUUUCUGCAACUGGACGGGUGUAGAAUGCCGCUCUUUCACUCAGCGGAUGGUUGUUAUUGCAAUCGAUCUCAGAAAUCUCAGCUUAGGAGGUUUUAUACCCCCUGAGAUCGCUAAUCUAUCAUCCCUUCGAUUGCUCGACCUCUCCCACAACAGUUUUAGCGGCCAUAUUCCCCCGGCACUCAGUCGCCUGCGGAAACUAAAGGAACUGCACUUAUCCAAAAACAAUCUGACGGGAAGCAUUCCGUCCGAGUUUGGCCAUUUGGGCAGACUGGCAAUUCUGUCCUCCUACGGCAACAAUCACAGCGGCAGCAUUCCUGAGGAGCUGGGAAAUUGUUCUAUGCUGCGAAAGAUAGAUCUUUCCGAAAACCAGCUGACUGGAACGCUUGCUCGAAAAAUGGGAAUGCUCUCUCGUCUGGUGUUCAUCAAUCUUGAAAAUAAUUAUCUGACGGGCUCAUUGCCGCUUUGUCUCGUCAACUGGACAGCGUUACGGAACCUGUCAUUGAACUUCAACGGAUUUUCUGGUCAGAUACCUGAAGAUAUUGGAGCCCGGCUACCUCACUUGGACUGGCUAUUUCUGAACGGGAAUAGUCUCUCCGGCGGCGUCCCAAAAUCACUGGGAAAUUGCUCCCGUGUUUCACAUGUGGAGCUCGCGUUUAACAAAUUAGGUGGAAUUAUUCCGGAUGCAUUGGGGCAGCUUUCAAGGCUCACGGUCCUCGACAUAGGCUCGAACGAAUUUGUGAGCGGUACAACUUCUGGACCGAUGCCGAUACUGAAAGCGCUUUCCAACUGUUCAAAAUUGCAAAAGCUUGAUGUCUCCCAGUGUCAUCUCACGGGUACUUUGCCUGCAGCAAUAUUCAGUAAGCUUUCCGCUACUCUUUAUUUCCUUAACAUAGAAAUGAACAAUAUUAGCGGUAGCAUACCCAAAGGAAUCGGUAAUCUUUCCUCCAUGAUACAGCUAUGCAUGGGCACUAAUUCCCUUGAAGGAACCAUCCCUUCCGAGAUCUCAAAUCUUCUUAAUCUAGUUUUCUUAGAUCUCAGUCGAAAUAAAUUGCAGGGAAGCAUUCCUGCAGAAAUCCAGUUUUUAAAUCAAAGCCUUGAAUACCUUUAUCUCAAUGACAAUAUGUUGUCCGGGACGAUCCCGGAGAGCAUAGGCAAUCUCAACAACCUCAGAACCCUGAACUUGAGCAUCAACGGACUUGACGGGAGGAUACCUCCAGAAAUUGCACAGUGUAUGCUUCUCGAGGAUCUCCAGCUCUGUUGCAACAAUUUCUCUGGCACUAUCCCUUCAGAAAUUGCAAAUCUCCGGAAUUUGAACGCCUUUUUAGAUUUAUCAAGCAACGCAUUGACAGGGCCCAUUCCUCCUGGUAUGGGAGGAAUGCAAAUGAUACAGGUUGUAGAUCUGUCAAUGAAUAAGCUGUCCGGGGGUAUCCCUGCCCAAAUUACAGGCUUAGUAGGUUUGCAGUACCUGAAUCUCUCUCACAAUCACCUAGAGGGCGUCCUUCCAUCAGCGAUUGGCCAGAAACUAUCAAUCAUUGAAGAACUGGAUUUGUCUCACAACAAUAUUACAGGCCCGGUUCCUUCCUCCAUCUCCAGGCUUGGAAUGCUUGAAAUCUUGGACUUGUCGUAUAAUAAUUUCAGAGGUGAAGUCCCCUGUACAGGCCCAGUCAAGAAGAUGAACAGGACAUCCUUUCUUGGAAAUCCAGGACUGUGCGGUAAUUGUUCGGGAUUACCAGCCUGUUCAUCCACUACAUACAAACACCAGAAUAUAAACAAGGCAAUACUGAUCGGUGCACCAGUAGGUGUUGUUGGAGCACUAAUUUUCACAGGGGUUACGCUCUGGAUAAUAUGGUACUGCUAUCCGAAAAGGCGAUUUCAAACCACUUCCGUAAAAACAGCAGGCAAUUUGAGGAUUUCGAUGGAAGAACUGAAGAGAGUAACCGGAGACUACAGCCCCAAUAACUUAAUCGGUGCAGGCAGAUACGGCUCUGUUUACAGAGGCGUUCUAUCGAGCGGGGAGAGCGUGGCCAUAAAGGUGUUCAAGGUUUCCAAUUCUGAAAGGGCAGAGAGAAGCUUCAUCAGAGAAUGCAAGACCCUGGGGAAAGUCCGGCACCGGAAUCUGCUAAAGAUAAUAACGGCGUGCUCUUCAAUGGACUUCAAGGCUCUGGUGCUGCCAUUGAUGGCCAACGGAAGCCUGGAUCGGCAUUUGCAAGGUGACCAACGGCUGAGUUUGCAGAGACGGUUGAGUAUUUUGUGUGACGUGGCGCACGCUCUGCGUUACUUGCAUCACGACUGUUCACCUCAAAUCGUGCACUGUGAUUUGAAACCGCAGAAUGUGCUGUUGGACGAGGACAUGACUGCUCACGUGGCAGAUUUCGGAAUCGCUCGGCUCUUCAGUCCAACUGACGACUCGGCCAGCACAACGUCCGCACUGAAAGGAACCGUGGGCUACAUCCCGCCAGAAUAUGGAUUUGGGGGAGAGAUUUCGACAAAAGGAGAUGUGUUUAGUUAUGGAAUUCUAAUGUUGGAGGUGCUUACACAAAAACAACCAACAGAUGAUAUGUUUACUAAUGGAUUAACUUUGUCUCAAUGGGUUUCAACAACAUUUCCAAGUAUAUUAGAAAGUUGCAUUCAAGGCAUUUUCUUAGAUGAUAUGCAUGAUAGAGAUGAAGAAGGUCAAGAAGCACUCAAACUAUCAACACUAGAAGGUCUUCUACAACUUGGUUUGUGGUGUGCUAAUCAAAUUUCCAACAGUCGACCAAGCAUGCAACAAGUGGAAAGCAUACUAGUAGAGAUGUCACACACAAUUCAUCAUAAUCAUUACAACUUACCAAACAUUCAAGCAUUAUUAACUAUUGUCGAUAACUCAAAUUCUACAGAUACUACAAGCUCCUCCAAAUGAAAAUAAUGUUGUUUCAAAAUAUAAGUUCAUAAAAUGUAAUUUGUAUUUUCCUUAAACUAUCAAUUAGA